UUCCACGGGACGGGAUUGUAUAACACAUCUCAUCGAGGGAUCUUUAGAGGAUUAUCGGCUGCCUCCCCUACAGCGUCAAGAUGCCAGUGGACAGAAUGAGAAUGCGCCCCUGGUUGGAGCAACAGAUCGAGAGUGGGCAAAUUCAAGGUUUUCACUGGGUCAAUGAGGAGAAAAAGAUAUUUCAGAUACCAUGGAUGCAUGCAGCCAGACAUGGAUGGGAUUUAGAAAAGGAUGCACCUUUAUUUAUGAACUGGGCCAUUCACACAGGAAAGUAUCGUCCAGGUAUUGACAAGCCAGACCCUAAGACGUGGAAGGCAAAUUUCCGCUGUGCUAUGAAUUCUCUACCAGACAUUGAGGAAGUGAAAGAUAAAAGCAUGAAGAGAGGAAGCAAUGCCUUGAGAAUGUACAGAUUGCUUUCCUCAUAUGAAAAAGCUGUUAAGAAAGGGAAGAAAAAGAUGGACCUGGAGCAAAGAGCAAAAAGGGUUUUUCAGAAACGGAAAGCUGGCAUUCCCAGAAAAUAUAAAAUGACAAAGGAACAAAGUGAAGAGAAUUUAAUGGAAGAAACUACACCGGACAGCACUGUGCUAUUUACUGAGCAGGAGUGCUCCCCUGUGCCCAUGUCAUCUGUGAGGGAGAUGGCUGUAGCUGAAUUACCUGACGUGUGUGCAGUUGUUGAGGUGGCAACGGAGAAUGCAGAACCUGCGUUUAGCUCCACUGAAGUGUGUCUGCCUCUCCAGGACUCCCAUGUUUCAUCCUACAGUGAGAGUGACACAGAGAGCACAUACAGUGAGGAAGACUUAGUACAGCUUCCCCAGGACUUGUCUUUAAAAGCUUCACAAAGAUCAGCAUGUAAUUCUGUGUUAAGGAUCCCAUCAUCAGCUCAGUCCUCACCAAACACAGUAUUCACAUCAACAAAAAUCAAUUUCAAAGUGACCAGCUGCAGAGAGGACUCGCCCCUAUUUGCAUACAACACUCCUCCAUGGUUCCCCUGCCUGUUUAAUUUCCAAAAAGUCACAGACAAAGAACCCUCAAGCACUUCCCCCUCACCAGAUCGCACCAGCAGCCCGACUUCUCAGGCAAGUGUGAUCGCUAAAGCUGUGGACCUCUCUGUUGCAAAGCACAAAACACUACAGUGAAGAUACUUUACAUUUACAACCUGCUGCUGUCUAGCUGAUAUACCUACAACCCAUUAUUCAACAUUAAUCAAGUACUCUCAGGUACAAGAUUUCCCUCAAAUAUUUUCUUGUAUUCGUGUUCAGCUUUUAAAACCAAACCGAGUUCCAUGCUAUCUGAAUCCGUUAUACUAUUAUAUUUCUGAAAUAUUUUGCAACACACUACCUCAUUCUCAUAACGGUGUUAAAUAUGUAACUUGUAUAACUACCUCACGAAUGUGACACUUGAUCACAGAAGUUGUCAGUGUAAGCUAGUAAUAAUGCAGCAUUGGGAGAAUAUGCUUGUAUUGAUUUUGCAUUGGAGUGACAUUUCAUACUUGUUGACAGCAGAUGUAAUUAAACAAAGAAUGAAAUAGAAGCGUUACUGGGGAAUUUUUAAGGGGAAUUUGCAUGUAUAUUUUUCUACAGGGUACUGUAGCACAAUAUUGAGAGUUUUCUUAAAGAAAUGCUUAAGGUUUAGUACAUUUUCAUAUGAAGUUGUCAUGUCUGAAUGCAUUGAUUUAGCAAAUUUGACAUGUUCGUCAAUUCAGAACGACAGAAUUAUUGAACUGUCUGCCUGGAAACAUUGUUUUACUUGAGGUUUAGCUCUCCCAUGUCCGUAGGGCACUUAAUACUUGAAUAUAGACUCACUAAUUAGAGUUGUGUAUUAACUUGUUUCAACGUAAGGAGAUUUUUGCUUUAGUUUUUGUAUUAACUUUUUAUGCAACAGUCACUAAUUUGCAUAAUGAACAACUGCAGCACAGAGAUUUAAAAGCAAAUAUAAAAACAGG